UUGCAGUCUGUUUGAGUAUUUAGAUAGUUACAUCAGCGUACUGUUUUCAAAUUAGGCGGUGAUUUAUAUUACCAAGCAACGUGAUCGCUUUAGCUAGCUCAUUAGCUAUAAAGCAACUCAGUUAGUUAGCUAGUUUUGGAAAACAUCUGUCAUUUAGUUAGCUUGCUGCAGCCGAUUACGUUUAUCAGUGUUUUAAACAUAAAGUGAAGCUAAUUAUCAACCGUUUUGGGGAGGUAGCUAUGGUUUAAAUGGGUACUAUAUUAGCUAAAUAAGUAGCAAGCUUGAUAGAACACCCUAACCUACACAGGUUUCGGUAGUUUGGUUUGCUGUAGGUAGCUACGACACCUAUAUCUGAGAUAGCUAUUUGUCCUUUUAUAGCUAGUCCCCAAUUUGUUAGCAGUGUAACUCGAGAGUUUGACAUCUCCAAGAAAACAUCAAGAGUCGCCGCUUAGCUAGCUGAAAUUAGUGUUAGCUAGCUAGUAGCUGAGCUAACUAUACGAAAAUCAACAACCGUUGCUAUCUAACCUAUAAGUCUAACAAAAGCUAACUGGCUGGCUAGCUGACUUACAGUGGCGCCCGUGCUUAAACUUUGUAUGUCGUUUUUGAUUUGUUAGCUCGCUCGGUCGGUGGCCAUUUUUACUAAUUCUUAGCAGCCUACACAGCUAGCUAACCAUAUUCUUGCUAGCUAGCAAAUGUUGGCCAAUGUUAACUUACAUAAUGUUAGCUAGCUAAGCUAACUAGCUGCUUGAAUAACUGGCAUUAGUUUGAAACGUUAGCUAGCUAAUUGGUUUUGAAAGACUCUGUUAACCAGUCUUCCUGAAUUUGGUUUCAUCUUAGCUAGCUAGCCUAAAAGAAGUUAGCUAACGUCCUUUAGGCGAUGACUGAAAACAGUCGAAGUGGAAUAUUUUACUCCUCAUAAAUAGGUGCCCCUGCUGGUGUGGACUAAGGAAGGAUGCAGACUAUAAAGUGUGUUGUGGUUGGUGAUGGGGCAGUGGGGAAAACAUGUCUUCUAAUCUCGUACACCACCAAUGCCUUUCCCGAGGAAUACAUCCCUACUGUGUUCGAUAACUACAGUGCUCAGAUGAGCGUGGAUGGCCGUACAGUGAGCCUCAACCUCUGGGAUACAGCAGGGCAGGAGGAGUACGACCGGCUGCGCACGCUCUCCUACCCACAGACCAACGUUUUCAUCAUCUGUUUCUCCAUUGGCAGCCCCUCCUCAUACGCCAACGUUCGGCACAAGUGGCACCCUGAGGUCUCACACCAUUGCCCGAGCGUACCCAUCCUCCUCGUGGGCACCAAGCGGGACCUGCGUAAUGAUGCUGAUACCGUGAAAAAGCUGAAGGAGCAGAGCCUGGCCCCCACCACUCAGCAGCAGGGCAGUGCUCUGGCCAAACAGAUUAAUGCCUUUAAAUAUUUGGAGUGCUCUGCACUUCUCCAGGAGGGUGUUCGAGAAGUGUUCGCAGAGGCUGUACGUGCCGUGCUCUACCCAGUCACCAAAAAGAAUUCCAAGAAAUGUGUGCUUUUGUAGUCUGCCUCAUUGCACCAAUGGAUUGCAUCAUUUCCAUCAGGAAAUGGACUCGCAGCAAUCUGUGGACAGCCGCAAAUGGGAUGAUCCUGGUAUUGAUAUCCAUCUCCUGUCUUCGCUUUUGAGGUAUUGUUUUUGACCCUCCCGGUUCAUUUUCUGCAGUCACCAAAGUAUGUGCUCUUCGCUAUAACUGAAGCAUUUGCUCCUGUUGACUUUUAAACCACUCUCCCUUCUGGCCUCUUUUCUCUUCCUGGAAUGUGGUUGUCCAGAUCGCUUGCACUUACCUCAGUGACUUGUUAUAAAUGGAAUGCGAUAACAUGGAAAUAUUUUGAUAAUGAAAAUUAAAAGCAAUACAUAAGACCAUGGCAAAGGUUCUGACCUGUGUGGGCCUGGUAGUAUAGCUUGCCGGUGGCCUGAACUGGCAUUCUUUAUUUGAGCAGUCUCUGUAGACAAACCUGGACACCUUUCUUCUGCUUUAUAUAUAAAACUUCAUCUACAUUCAUAUCAGUCCUUUUUGUGCCUAAAAAUCCAACUCCAAUUCUGUCAUGAUACUAAAGGAAUGUUGCGAUGACAUGUGAUUGCUCUUGAUUACCUCGGUUCAAUUUGCAGUAAGAUCUUAAAUUCGUUUACCCUUUCCUUUCCUGAGAAUGAUACAAACCUCUGUAAAACCUCUUUUGAUCUUUACUGUUAUCAAUGGAACACCCAAAUAAUAUUGUCUCCGUCAAGUUUUUAUUUCUGUAAAAUGGGGUGUUAGUGUGACAUGGUGAUAUCUUGAGUCAGUUGCCUUAUACAAAAGGUCAUGUCAAGUUUGGAUUAAACAAAAGGCUGCAACCUUAUAUCUGAGAGUGCAUAUCAGUAGCUACAUGAUGCUGCUAAACCGCUAAAACAAUGGCAGUACUGCUAUCAGAUCCAUGAAAGAUAUUGGGUCAUCUUUCCUUGCCAUCUAUCUGAAUUUAUGCAUAGAACUUACCCUUGAAGAUCUUCCAAAUGCCUUACUGGCACUCUUACACAUAGUGUUGCCUUACAAGUUGAAUUCUAAGUGCCUGUCCUAUUUUCUAGUUAGUCUGUAAUAGAGCCUGUUCCUGAAGUUCUUAUUUGUUAUUUUGUAAAUGCCCGAAGCUUCACAGUUGCAUUCAUUCAUCCUGCCUGCAGUGUGCUCUCUAAGCAUGAGUGAGUACAUCUGAGUAAUGGCCACAUUGCUGUAACAGAUGAGCUAAGCCAUGAAAGUAAAUGGAGCAUUUUUUGUUUGUGCCUGGAGAUGGAGCACCAGGCAUGUGUGGCUAAC